CCCCCAACGUUAACUCACCCGGAGGAGAAGCGGGCCGAUCCCUCCCUGUUGCCGCCGAGUCUUCUUGUUUAGCCUGUUAGAAAGUGCCGCCUUAAAGGGGGUAGGCAGAAGCAGAGAUUUAUUUCCAGGGGCUGCUUGGUCCUGCAAAGAUGGAGCGCUACGAGGACCUGUAUGAGACCCCAGCGGACAAGCUGGAUGCUUUCGUGGAGCAGAGCCUGCAGCCCGACCGGGAAUGGAAGGGCGAAUUGCAGGACGCCCAGCAGAGAAUCGAGCGGUUCUUACGGGAAGAGUGCUUCUACAAUGAGCUGGUUCUGGACCGAGAAGUCCGAGUGCUGAAGGUGGUGAAGGGCGGCUCCUCAGGGAAGGGGACGACGCUCAACCACAGCUCCGACUUGGACCUAGUCUUGUUCCUGGACUGCUUCACCAGCUUCUGCCACCAGGCAAAUCUCCGAGGAUUCAUCAUCAGCUUCAUCGAGGGAAAACUGUCUCACUGUAGUAGGAGCCUGGCCUACAAUAUCACCAUGGACGAACCCAGAGAAGGGGACAGUGCCCCUCGCUCCCUGUCCUUCAGGGUCCAGUCCCGGAGGAGCAGUACAGUGAUUCAGGUGGACGUGCUCCCAGCUUUCGAUGCCCUAGGACCCUCUUCCCCAGACUGGAAACCAUCACCAGAAAUCUACAAAAACUUAAUAUCCAGCGUCGGCAGCCCCGGGGAGUUCACGCCAAGCUUCACGGAGUUGCAGAAGCACUUUGUGAAAAGACGCCCCGCUAAGCUAAAGAGCCUCCUGCGGCUGGUGAAGCACUGGUAUCUGAAGCAUUUGAAAGCUAAAUAUCGAAAAGCAUCAUUGCCUGCAAAAUAUGCACUGGAGAUACUGACCAUCUAUGCCUGGGAAAUGGGUACAAACGAAAGUGAGAACUUCUGCAUGGAUGAAGGGCUUGUAGCUGUGAUGGAACUCCUCAGAGAUCACGGAGACAUCUGCAUAUACUGGACCGAGUACUAUGAUUUUCAAAAUGAGAUUGUCCGAAACUUUAUCAAGGAACAGUUGAAGGAAAGCAGGCCUGUCAUCCUGGACCCAGCUGACCCGACCAACAACCUGGGAAGAGGGAAGAGAUGGGACCUGGUGGCCAAAGAGGCUGUUCACUGCCUGCGUCAGGUCUGCUGCCAGAUUGAAGACACCAGCCAGGGCUGGCAUGUCCAGCGAGCAAGGGAUGUCCAGGUGGUGGUGAGACAGCCCAGGAUGAAGGCCUGGACACUCCAGGUGAACCCCUACAGUCCCAUCAGGAGGAUGAAAACGGAGAUCAAGAGGACAUGUAACCUCAUCGGGCAGCUGCGUCUCUCCUUCCAGAAGCCAGACGGGGAGCGGCAACCACUCAGCAACAGGGAGAGCCUGGCGGAUUAUGGGAUCUUCUCUAAGGUGAGCAUCCAGGUGCUGGAAACCUUCCCGCCUGAGAUCCAGGUCUUUGUGAAGGACUGCAACAGCCAAAGCAAGCCUUACGCCAUUGACCCUGCUAACUCCAUCCGUGACUUGAAAAAGAAGAUUGAGGAGGCUGGAGGGCCUUACGUGGAGGAUCAGAAACUGAUCUUCCAGGGUCGGCGCCUGUGGGAUCGUCGCAGCCUCAGAGACCUGCAGAUCAAGGACGGCGACACCAUCGAGCUCGAUAGGAAAGUGCCUGCAAGUCCCCAGAGGGAGGCCAUGGCCAGGCUGCCCCUGCUCCAGCCUCUUACGUUCCUGUGUUCCUAUCCUCCCCCCUUCUACCCAAAAGGUGGGUGUGUGCACCAGGAGCCAGGCAGCUACGUGGCUAUAUCUGCUCAGCAGUGGUACUCUCGGGCAGAGAUGGCACUGGCCCAGGAGCUCUACAGCACCCCUGCUUCCAGGCUGGACUCCUUCGUGGCUCGCUGGCUGCAGCCCAGCCGGGAGUGGAAGGAAGAAGUGCUGGAGGCUGUGGGAACCGUGGAGCAGUUCCUGAGAAAUGAGCGCAUCCAAGGCAAGCAUGGGAUAGAUCAGGAAGUGCUGGUGCUGAAGGUGGUCAAGGUGGGCUCCUUCGGGAACGGCACGGUGCUCAGAGACACUGCAGAAGUGGAGCUGGUGGUGUUCCUGAGCUGCUUCCACAGCUUUCAGGAGGAGGCCAAGUACCACCAAGCCAUUCUGAGCCUGAUCCGGAAAAGACUGUGGCGCUGCCAGGACCUGCUGGACCUUGGGCUCAAGGACCUGUGGGUGGUCCAGGGAGUCCCGGAUGCCCUCGUCUUCACCAUUCAGACCAGGCAGACCGUGGAGCCCAUCACUGUCACCAUCGUGCCUGCCUACAGAGCCUUGGGGCCUUCUGUUCCCAACUCUCAGCCACCCCCUGAGAUCUAUGAGAGUCUGAUUGAAGCCAAUGGUUACCCAGGAAAUUUCUCCCCAUCCUUCAGCGAGCUACAGAGAACCUUCGUGAAACAUCGACCGACUAAGUUGAAGAGCUUCCUGCGGUUGAUAAAACACUGGUACCUGCAGUAUGUGAAAGCCAAGAGCCCGAAGGCCACUCUGCCCCCACUCUAUGCCAUCGAGCUACUGACCAUCUAUGCCUGGGAAAUGGGUACACAGGAGAAUGAGAAUUUCAGUUUGGAUGAAGGCCUUGCCACCAUGAUGGGACUGCUCCAAGAGUACAAAUUCAUCUGCAUCUACUGGACCAAGUACUACACAUUCCAGAACCCCAUCAUCGGGAACUUCAUCAGAAAACAGCUCAAAAAAGAGAGGCCCAUCAUCCUGGAUCCAGUUGACCCCACCCACAAUGUGGCAGAAGGGUACAGAUGGGACAUAGUUGCUCAGAGGGCCUGCCAGUGUUUGAAACAGGACUGUUGCUAUGACAAUGAGGACAACCCAAUCCCCAGCUGGAAUGUGAAGAGGGCACGAGACAUCCAGGUGACAGUGGAGCAGUGGGGUUACUCAGAUCUGAUCCUCCGGACACACCCUUAUGAAUCCAUACGGAAGAUUAAGGAGAAAAUUCAGCGAAGCCGGGGCUAUUCAGGCCUGCAACGUCUGUCCUUCCAGGAGCCCGGUGGCGAGCGGCAACUUCUCAGCAGUCACUGUUCCUUGGCCUAUUAUGGGGUCUUCUCUGAUAUCCGCAUCUGUCUGCUGGAAACCUUUCCCCCAGAGAUCCAGGUCUUUGUGAGGGAUCCCCAUGGUGGGAGCCAUGCCUAUGCCAUCGACCCUAACAGCUUCAUCCUGAACCUGAAACAGCAGAUUGCAAUCAAGCAAGGGCUGCUCAGCCAGCAGCAGCAGCUCAAGUUCCAAGGCCAAGUCCUGCAGGACUGGUUGGAUUUGGGGAGCUAUGGCAUCCAAGACAGUGACACCCUCAUCCUCUCCAAGAAGAAAGCCGAAAGGGCUCCAUUUCCACCCAGAUAGCUUCCUCUGGGACACCUGUCUGUGCAUUUAUGCCAUCCAAUCCUGAACUCAUCCCGUCAACCACUCCUCCUGGUUCUUGACCCACAACCACUGCAGCAAAAAGUCCAGGAAGCCAAAUGCCAACCUCUACAGCAAUCAGCCCCCAAACAGUCAAGACUUCAUCAAUAACAGCCACCUUCCCGAAUUUUGCCCCCACUCCAAUUUAGGACCAACCGGAGAAAGCCAAAUAUGCUCCCCAACCAAUCACAUAGGAUGCUCCAGUUCUAGUUAGCCCACCUCCAGCUUCCCCAAGCCAACAACAUCCAAUCGGAGCACACUUUCCCUCUUCUCUACUACAAAGCUUUCCCACUCCCCCUGCCUGCCAUUGAGUCUCUGCCAAAUGUGAGGGUUGGGGCUGACUCCCUUGCUAUGGAAAUUUGAAUAAACAGAUUUUGCUUGUUCUCUUU